AUGACACUGCAAACAGGAGGAAUCGACCCGGACAACGUCGUGCGCAACGCGGUGCUUGCGUCGAUCCAGCUAGGAUUCACACUGAAUGUGCGCAAAGUCCUCGUGUAUCGUCAGAGACAGACACUAAUGUUGGCGAUUACAGCCGUACGCGGCGCCCCGAUAUCUGAGGCCAUCGACGAUCGCAACUACUGUUAUGAUAUUCCGAAGUUGCUUGCAAACACAGUCAUGGUGGUGGCCCACUUCUUCUCUUUGGAAGCAUACCAUCAUAGUGUCGGUAUACUGCAAGUCCUCUCAGAGGAUGAAAAGAUGACGGACGAUUUCUCCGACUUGGAGCUCAUCUGUUUCCAACGGAAAAGGCUCUUAUGA